AUGGCUCGAUGCCUAAAUUCAUACGCUCAGAAAGUCAUGCAUGAAGAGCAUUACGAAGAAGACGUUGAUGACGAAGACUUGGAUGAUGACGAUGUUGAUGGGUAUGAAGGACUCAGUGACUACGAUGAAGAUGACAUACCUGGAUCCUCUGGCUACGGAAGCCACAGUUUUGGUAAUACUGGAAGUGAGGGCAAAAGUGCUGACUUGCGGCGCCAGAGAUCUAUUAGCGAAGGUGGUGCUGUGUACUGUGUCGAGGCUGGUGAAGACAACAGACGGGAUCAUCACAACCAACUUGAACGUAAAAGACGUGCAAGCAUCAAAACAAGUUAUAAUGACCUUCGAGAAGUUAUCCCGGGUUUACGAGGAUCGAAAGCAUCUAGGGCAGUUAUACUACAGCGCGCAGUUGAGUGCAUCGAAGAGUUGGUCAAAUUGAAUCGUGACCAUACUGUUUGUGUUGAAACGCUGAAACGUCAGAACGACCUGUUGGAUUCUCGAGUUCAAGAGCUCCAACGUUUGGUGCAGCGAAUGGAUGGCGAAGAAGCGUGCAACACUCCAACAUCAAGUUCUUUUGCUAACACUAUUUCUCCGAAUAAUAAUGUCGCCCUUCGAUUAAUAUCACCAACAGCUUCGGGUGUCCCAAUGUAUCGCUGUAUGUCUCAAGAUCCACUCCAGUCAUCUACAUCAACAGAAUGUCCCGGAACUGCUUCUGGUACAGAAUAUGUGUCGUCUAGUCAUCCAUCUGUUCUUCAGUCACAAAAACCUGUUCUGUGCACUAUGGCAAAUUAUUCUCCUUCUGCGCUUGGCCGUGCUAACACAGUAAUGCAUUUCGUCACUAACACGAGUGCCAUAAAUUCAAUCGGGGGACUGGCGACCGACAGCAACACCACGAGCCUAGUUUCUAGUUCACAUUCUGCAUUUUCCCCUUCUGUUUCCUCGUCUGAUGGAUCCAGUACUGGGCCUGCACGAUCCCUCUCCCAGCGGUCUAGUCCUGGUGGGUUGUCAUCUUCGUCUAAUACUUCAUCUAACCCGACAUCACGGCAAUCCUUUAGGACAGAUGAUGACUACUCAGCAGUUUCGAGGGAAGUAAAUUCAACAGGGUCGUUAGAAAAUAUCCCAACAUCCGCGGAUGGUAUUACACAUUCAAACAUCAAACCAGUUCGUCAACAGUUGCGUUCAUCUUCUAGUCCUUCACGUUCUUCUCCACCACCGAUUUUAUCGACUGUACCAACUUUGUUACCCGCUUAUCGUAAAUCAGAUUCUCCUAUACAUUCAUCACACUCACUAAACUCAGGAAGUUGCAAUUCGCAAGGGAAUUUAGGCGGAAAAUCGAAGCGUCGCAAAUUUAGAUGA